AUGCAGCCUAUGCUGGCGGUAGAAACGGCUUUGGACCCGUCGAUGUUCCCGUACGAAACGGCAGCGCCUCUGGACCCGCAAACCCUGCACAAAACGGCAAUCUUGCUCCGACCAACGAUCCGCGUGGUGGUAGAGGACGACUUCCAAACACAGACGCUCCUCCAAGAGAAAGAUCACGGACCGGUGGAAAAAGUAGUGGACCAAGAAUAUACAGAAAAUAUCAUAUCGAGCAUUUCACCUGCUCGGUAUGCCCAACGGUAUUUGGCGCUCAAGAUAGCUACUACGAACAUGAAGGAAAAGUCUAUUGUCAUUACCACUACUCUACGCAAUAUGCGCAACGGUGCAACGGAUAACCAACAUUGGCAUCCUGAAUGCUAUAUGAUCCACAAGUUUUGGAAUGUACGGUUGGCACAAGGUCCAGAAUCAGAAUUGUUACAGUAUGAUGAGAAUGCUUCUGCAGAAACAAGGGAUAGGGUCAAGAAUGAAGAAGAACAUAUGGAACACAAAGUCUAUCAAAUUUGGAGUGUGUUGUCGGCCUUUGAAGAAUCUUCAGCGGCAUGCAUCUCGGACAUGCUCUUACAUGUCAGCAACGGAGCCUACAUGGAGAGCGUUAUGGUAGCUAAGAAAUUCAUUUGGCACGUCGACAUUCUAUUCGCUGCAACAGACCGCUUGGAUCAAUUAGUCACGUCAGAAGGCUCCAAAUCGCUUUCAUAUGGUCGGGAAGCCAAACUACUGUGCAAGAAAAUCGUCGCAUUCUUUACUCUCCUCUCAAAGUCCCAGGAAACUGGUGUUCGAAAGCUCGGCGUUACGCAAGAGCUACUCUCUCUUGUGACAGGCCUGGCCCACUACUUAAAACUCUUGAUACGCAUUGAUCUCCAGGGGUCCUUAAGAUUGGAGAAGGAAAAGCAGAGUGCUGCAGGUCUCAAUCAGUUCCUCAAAGAUCUUCAAGAUCUCGAUUCUCUGAAGGACGCAGAUCAAUCUUUGAGUAUGACAGCUGGUGUCGUCGAGUUGGCGAAAGAUCAAUCGGACCUGUGUUACCGAUGUCAGGAGUCAAUUGACGAAGAGUGUGUAAAAAUGGAUCAAUAUCGCUGGCAUAAGAAUCACUUGCUUUGUGAGUACUGUCAGAGUAUUCUUGGCGAUAGCAUGAACGAGGCGCUCUGGAGCACUAGAGAAAACGUGGUGGUAUGCCGAAGAUGUCAAAAAGAAAAACGGAAAGCAUCUGACGCAGUGGCUCCUUUUGAGUCGAUCUCACGCCUGCAACAAUAUGUUUAUCUGCUCCGUGUCGCUCUAGCCCGCUUGUUGUCAGUACUUCGUAAGGGUGGUGCUUUGCCACAUACUUCAGACGACCCUAACUUGCAAACCUACGACUCAAAUGAAGGCCACAAACUGAACGACAGUGGCCAAGUUAAUCCCCCGUUAUUACGGGCUGGGUCAAGGUCAAAAUCAUAUGCCGGCACAGCAUCGGCUACAGCGGAGGACAGGACAUCAACAUACGAGCAGACAGUAGGCGAAAUGAAGAGACUGCGCUCAACGCGCAUGGAUACUCAACUAUCAACCAACCUGAAGACAGCGCGAACGUCACGAAUACUGGAUGGCCCCGAGGCAAGUGGCUCUGGUCAGGGCGGUCCAGGAAAGACCAAUGGACUGCGGAUAGAGGAGGAUAAGAGCCCCAAACCCGAUACUGUUUCCAAUCUUACCUUUGGCAACGCGGACGCGCUUACACUCGACGACAUUCCACGAAUCGUUGCCGCCGAGCAAGCAAAGGAGCAACGGCCAAACGCCUAUAAGCAUGCUGGCCAGUCGUUGAUAUCUAGUGGACGACAACCAAAACUGCUCUCUGCUCAUCAGAGAAGCGUAUCAGAUGGAAACAACCUCGACCUACCAGGAAACGACUCUAUACCACAACGGACCAAGAGAUACUUUUCUGAACUCUCCGCGCUCGAGUACUUUAUUGUAAGGCACGUUGCAGUCUUGUCAAUGGAGCCACUUCUUGAAGGUAACUAUAAUCUUGAAGAUCUUCUCAAUCUUAUUGAAACGAGGAAGCCGACGUUCUGGGGCAAAUUUGGUAAAGCCUUUGCCAAAGGCGAUCAACAAGCCUUUGAGAGGAAUGCGAAGCCUAAAGGCGGCAAGAAGAAGGGAGUCUUCGGCGUUCCGUUGGAUGUUCUAGUGGAUAGAGAAGGUGUCGAGUCUACCUUUGGAGUGGGUCCAGGUGCUUUGCGAGUGCCAGACGUGAUUGAUGAAGCUAUUUCCGCCAUGAGAGGCAUGGAUAUGUCUGUUGAGGGAGUCUUCCGUAAAAAUGGAAAUAUUAAGGGACUGAGAGAACUAGCCGAGAGGCUUGAUUCUAAAGCAGACGUGGACUUGUCCAGGGAGAGCCCAGUCCAGGUCGCCGCCUUACUCAAGAAAUUCUUGAGGGAACUGCCCGAUCCUCUGAUGACACACAAAUUGUAUCGACUGUUCAUCACCUCCCAGAGAAUAAAUGACCUCGAUAAACGACGUAGAGUGUUGCACUUAGCAUGCUGUCUUCUACCAAAGACUCAUCGGGACACGCUAGAAGUCCUGUUCGCAUUUUUGGUUUGGGUCUCUUCGUUCUCGCAAGUUGACGAAGAGAGCGGCAGCAAGAUGGACACCCACAAUCUUGCUACGGUCAUCGCACCUAAUAUUCUGAAAGAAAAGCCUACAGCAGCUGCGGCUAUGGACGAUAGUAGUUUUUUGGCAAUAGAAGCGGUGAAUUGCAUUCUUGAAUACAACGAUCAGAUGUGUGAGGUGGGUAAAAAGUCACGAAUCCCAACAAUUUUGUCUAACGGUUUCAUGCAGGUCCCAGAGGAUUUGCAAUCUAUUCUGAAUGACUCCUCAUUAUUCAACAAUAGUUCUGACAUUACCACGAAAGAGAUCCUCAAGCGCUACGGCGAUAUUGGCCGACAGACUCACAAACCCACGAUUCAUGAACGUCCCGACUCUCCACCACCUCGGUCGAAAGACAGCAACAAUACUCCCCAAUCUGCGAAGGCGGCGGCCCCUAUCAUCACUCACGUAGACACUGAUCCCUACCAAUCCUCUGCUUGGCCAAAGGACUCGAGUGUCCGGCACGUGCAAGGUCAACAGCAAGAUCUACCAACAUUUCCCUCUACGUCAGACAACACGCCGCCCCAGCAUUUUGACUUCUCGAAUCCUGCAAGCCCAUAUCAUCGCAGAGGAGGUAGCAGCGAGAGUCAAGUGAGUGGUCACUCCAUGAAUGGGUUCGGUCAUGGGUACAAGCCGUCUAGUCUUGGCAAGCCUAAUGGUCAUGGUGCGACUGGAUGA